AUGCAAAUCGAAUAUUCGAGCUAUCCGAUAAGACAGAUCAACUCUUCUGACCACCACGGGAAAAAGGAUGUUUUUCAUAACAUCAUCUUAGUGGCGUCAGACCCGUUCAAGGGACAUUUGCCCCUGAGUGUUUUCGAGAAAACAGAGUAUUUGGCCGCCGAGGCUUCACGGGAUUCAUGGCAAGAGUUCUACAUCACCGACCCGUUCUCGGACAACGCAAUUAUAUGUUCUUUCGGAAUUAUCCACAAACUGGGAAAUCAUAACAAUUUGAACCUCCUUAUUGGAAAUGUUCAUACGAAUCCAAAAUACCGCAAGAAAGGCUUCAUCACCUAUUUGAUAUCGGAAACCAUCCAAAAAUAUGAAUCUGUCGGCCAGCACCAGUUCAGCGGCGAUAAAUCUGAAAACAAAGAUGCGGAUCAGUUCAUAAAAGAGAACAUAGAUACCAGCAAAUACACAUAUUACUGGACCCUUUAUUCGGGUGUUUCUGAUUUCUAUAAAAGAUUCGGAUUCGAGGCCAUUGGAGAAAUGGACUGGUUAACCUUCGAUGAGCAAGAUACCGGGUCUCUAUCAACCAUCGAGGAGGUGAAAGAGUAUCCAGGUUCAGAAGUGAUUUUGCUUGGUGACGAGGCCAAGUCAACCAUUGGAAAAUACUUUGAGGACCCCAAAUAUGCGUCUUAUGUUAACGACACCAAAAACCCACUCCAUAGAAGCACGAAUUUCAGCGUGCCGAUGAUAGGUAAAUUCUGGAUUCGUGAUCAAGUCGUUUGUGAGUAUUACGAUCGCAGGUAUUCUUAUGUGGGACUUAGGAUUCUUCAUCACGAUAUUGACAAAGAGACAUUCGUGAUCAUUUCGGGUGCUGCAGAAUAUAAUGGCAUACUUGUUCACAAAUUGUUCACGAAUUUGUCAACUUCAGAAUCUGAAACUUUGCAUAAGGAUCUUGAGCAGAUUUUGAAAUUUUUGAAGCUUGCUUAUUCGGACUAUGAAAUGCUGAAAUUCGAUCAUAUUAAAUCGUUCAAAUUCAUGAUCACUACAGGAGAUAUUCAUGCAAAAGACGCUGAGACGAAGAAAACUAUAGUCAGCAUCCUGUUGGGACAGAACUGGAUCUUGGAUACUUCGAAUAAAAGCUUUCUACCCAUGAUGAAAGAGUUCGGACAAGAUGGUGUACGUGACGGUGUCAAAUGGAUAAACAAUGGAUUUUGGUGUUUUGGGUGA